CCAGUAUGAAAUUUUGUUUUGUAUUAAUGACGAGAGUGAUCCCUCCAUUAUGCUUGUUAAUCGUCUCAUGGAAAAGUAUCCAAACGUUGAUGCCAAAGUAUUCAUAGGGGGAAUGAAAGUAGGAGUUAAUCCAAAGAUAAACAACAUGCAGCUCGGUUACGAAGCUGCUAAAUACGACUUGUUUCUAGUCUCUGAUAGUGGCAUCAGAAUGAAAGAAGACACACUUUUGGACAUGGUUUUCUCCAUGAAAGAAGACACAGGAUUGGUCCACCAGAUGCCUUUCACGUGCGAUGGUAAAGGUUUCCCUGCCAUAUUAGAAAAGGUAUAUUUUGGGACAGCUCAUGCCCGUAUUUACUUGUCAGCUGACUUCUUUAGAAUCAACUGCCCUACGGGGAUGUCUGCAUUAAUGCGAAAAAAGCCACUUGAUGAAGUAGGAGGAAUCAAAGCUUUUGCUCAAUACCUAGCAGAAGAUUUCUUUUUUGCUAAAUCGUUUACUGACAGAGGCUGGAAAUUAAGAAUUAGUUCUCAACCCGCAUGGCAAAAUUCAGGACACUGUGAUAUUGCUGGGUUUAGGAAUCGAGUUACGAGAUGGGGAAAGCUUCGGUUUGCCAUGGUGCCUCACACAAUCUUUUUUGAACCGCUUUCCGAAUGUUUUUUUCUGGGAAUCUUUGUUGCAUGGUCAGCUAACUUCCUCUUCAGUUGGGAUUUUUUUGUUUUGUACUUAGUUCAUGUUCUAGUGUGGUUUUUACUGGACUGGAUUCUUCUCUGUAUCAUACAGAAUGGCUCCCUUCCAUUUAGUAAAGGAGACUUUGUAGUAGCAUGGAUGAUUCGUGAGAGUUCGGCUCUAUAUCUCUAUUUAAGUGCUCUGUUUGAUCCAACAAUCCGGUGGCGAUCGGGCAACUACAGACUAAAAUGGGGUGGAAUAGCUGAAGAAAUCAAGCCUAAAUUAUAACAUUGAAUUUAACUAGGUUUUUUUGUUCUUUUUUCUGUAGGCUUUAUGAACUUUGUUUCCACUAUUUAGUCAAGAUGAGAUUUAUCUAUAGGUUAUAGUACAAUGAUGCUACUAGUAACAGAUUAACUGUGGAAUUAGUAAACGUUCUGUGUAAUUCUCAUUCAAAUUUCCUGCUAAUUUGUUUUAACAUUUUUAAAUACUCAAACGAUCCUGAAACUUUUGUACAAAGAAUACAUUUUCUUGACACGAGUUAUGUCUGAUGAUAGGCUACAAAACGUAUCAUGUUCUAAGGAGUUGUAAAUAGAUGUUUUGUAUAACAGAUGUCUCAAGCAAGAAGGUUUAGUGUAUUGUUACAUGUCAGACAUAUAUAUAGGAUGUUGACAGUGUCUAGCAGCAGGUGUAUUAAAAACAAGUUAAUGUAGGAUGUUGACAGUGUCUAGUAGCAGGUGUAUUAAAAACAAGUUAAUGUAGGAUGUUGACAGUGUCUAGUAGCAGGUGUAUUAAAAACAAGUUAAUGUAGGAUGUUGACAGUGGCUAGCAGCAGGGUAUUAAAAACAAGUUGAUGUUGACAGUGUCUAGCAGCAGGUGUAUUAAAAACAAGUUAAUGUAGGAUGUUGACAGUGUCUAGCA